AUGAGGGACGGCCCCCUGCCGUCGCAGCUGCUGCUGGCAGCAACGCUGUUACUUCUGCUGGCUGCCGCCGCUGCACCUGCAAGAGCCAGCGUAGCUCUGGCCGCCGCGCCCGACGCGCGCCUGGCGUCGCCGGCGGCCGCCCCGCCGGCCGCAGCGUCAACGAGCGGCGCCGCCGGCAGCGCUGGCAGCAGCGACGGGGCUGCCGUCUUCCGUUCGUCAGCCGUCGGCGCCGCCGGCAGCCGGGCAGUGGCAGGUCAGUGGCUCGUGACCUUUCGGGUGAACACCAGCGACGUGAAAGCCGCAGCAGCAGCCGCCGCCACCGCUUCCACCGCCAGCGCAACCGCCGGCGCGCGGGCGGCGUCCCCCGCCGGCGUCCCGCCCAGCAGCGCGGCUGCGCUGCAGUCCGCGCGCCUGCGCGUGCAGGCGGACGUGAAGGCGCGCGUCAUGCGGAGCACGGGCGCCGCGCAGGGCGCGAGGGUCGCGCGCGACUUCUCCCGGCUGCCUGUUUCGCUCGUCAACCUCGGCGCCGCGUCGGCGGUGGAGGCACUGCGUGCGGACCCGUCGGUUGCGUCGGUUGAGCCCAACCGCUACAACUUUCGUCAGCUGGGGCAGAGCCUGCCGCUGAUCAACCAGCCCCUCGCGGCGGCGCAGGGCUUCAAAGGCGCCGGCUGCGCAGUGGCAGUGCUUGACACUGACCUCGGCUCGUGCGCCGCCCCGGGGGACCCAGAGCCCUGCCGUGUGGCGUAUGCAAAGGAUUUCACCCCGUUGGACGAUGGCGCGAUGGAUGACGACGGACACGGCACCAAUGUAGCGUCCAUCGUGGCUAAAACGGCGCCUGGAGCAAAGCUCCUUGUGCUGGACGUCUUCAAAACUGACAAGUCAGGCAGCUACGCCAUGGACUCGGACAUCCUGGCGGCGGUUGACUGGGCCCUUGCAGCAAAGGCGAGCGGCACAUACAACGUCUGCGCAAUCAAUCUGUCCAUGAGCUCCUCCUCAUUCUCCGCGACCCAGUGCGCGGGCGGCGCGUACGACUCCGCGUUCGCCGCCGCGCGCGCGGCGGGCGUCAUCUCCGUCGUCGCGGCCGGCAACGACCGGCAGAAGGGCGCGCUGCCCAGCCCGGCGUGCGUGCCCGGCGCGGUCAGCGUGGGGGCGGUUUAUGAUCGGAACAGCUCAUCCAGGACGUGGAGCAAGUGCACGGACAGCGCGCCGGCGCAGGACCAGGUCGCCUGCUGGAGCAACAGCGCGAGCUACCUCACCCUCCUCGCGCCCGGCGCCGUCAUCAACGCCGGCGGCUGGUCGAUGGCCGGCACGAGCCAGGCCGCGCCGCACGUCGCGGGUGCUGCGGCCGUCCUCAAGGCUGCAGUGCCCACGGCGACGGCGGACGAGAUCGUUGUGGCCCUCGCCUCGAGUGGCAGGCGCGUCACCGACCCCGGCAAUGGCAUUACCACGCCCCGCCUCGACGUUGCGGCCGGCGUCGCGGCGCUGAAAGCGGCCGUGCCGCCCACGAAUGGGGCUCCUGUGGACUCCGAGGCGCCAACUGGGUCUGUAUCCAUCAACGGGGGCGCGCAGUCCACGACCAGUCCGGACGUGUCCCUGGACAUAACAGGGUCGGACAAGGCCGGCGUGGCGUCCAUGUGCGUCACAAACGCCGCCGUCUCGGCGGCGGAGUGCGCGCCGUACGAGCCUUUCACUGUCACCAAGGCCUGGCGCCUUGCCGACGGCCCCAACGGCUACCGGACUGUCUUCGUCUUCCUCAGGGAUACGCGGGGCAAUACGAUGGCCGCGCCGGCGCGGGAUACGAUCAUCCUCCAGGCGCCUGCCGGCGUCGCACCCGACACGACGCCGCCGACGGGGGCGGUCCAGAUCAACGGCGGCGCCGCGACCACGCCGAGCGCCGCGGUCAACCUCACGGUAUCCGCGUCCGACCCCUCCGGCGUCGCCGCCAUGUGCGUCAGCAACGCGGCCGUGUCGGCGGCCGCGUGCGCGCCGUUUGAGCCCUACGCGGGCCUUAAGCAGUGGCGGCUGGCGGACGGCGGGGACGGGGCGCGCACAGUGUAUGUGUUCUUGCAAGACGCGGUCGGCAACACCAUGGCCACGCCAGUGCAGGCCUACAUCAUCUUGCAGACGCCCGCUGACGCACCUGACACGGCGCCGCCAACCGGCUCUGUCCAGAUCAACGGCGGCGCUGCCUCAACCAACUCGACGUCGGUCACCCUGACAAUCGCAGCCUCGGACGCCUCUGGCGUCGCCUCCAUGUGCAUCACAAACGCGGCCGUCGCGCCCGCGGCCUGCGCCGCGUACGAGGUUUUCACAACCACCAAGGCAUGGCGCCUCGCCGACGGCGCCAACGGGCCGCGGACUGUCUACCUGCUUCUGAGGGACACGAAGGGCAACACCAACACCGCGCCCCAGCAAGCGACCAUCCAGCUCGACGCGCCGCCACCCGCCGCCGGCCCCUCCCCGGCGCCCGCCCCGUCGCCGUCCUCUUCGCCGGCGCCGUCCCCGGACCCGGCGGCCGGCCCGACGGCGCGGCUCGUCAUCAACGACGGCGCCGCGUUCACUUCUUCGCGGUACGUGCGGCUCUCCAUAUACGCGGACGGCGCGGCGCCCCGAACUACCAGGAUGUGCGUCAGCCAGACCGCCGCGAGCGCCGCGGACUGCCCGGCCUGGCCGAGCUUCUCGUCCUCGAAGCGCUUUAAAAUCUCCGGCGGCCAGGGGCCGCAGACAGUCCGCGUAUUCUUCAAGGCGGCGGCGGGGGCCGCCGGCGCGGCCGCGCGCGCGAGCUUGGCAGCGUUGCCCCCAGCCGUGGCGACGAUUAGGUACGACGCGCGGGCGCCGAGCAUGCCGCAGGCAGACAUGCAGCUCAAGGCGGCGCCAGGGCCGGGGUCAGUGACGCUUUCUUAUGCCCAGGCCGCGACAGACGCAGAGUCUGGCGUUGCCAGCUACCUCGUGGCGAGCAGCAAGGGCCUCGCGCCGCCGAAGCGCUGCGUGCCGCCGCCGUCGGGCAAGAGCCAGGUGCGGUCCCUGGUCAGGCAGCCGUCGGGCGCGGCGGCGGCCGGCGGCGCGGGCGCCCCCUCGGACGCGGUGGCGCUGGGCGGCCUCAGCCAGAGGACGGAUUACGCCUUCCGGGUGUGUGCGGUGGACCGCGCGGGCAACGUCGCUCCUGGUGUCACUGUGGUCACCCGGACGGCGUGA